CUUCUCAGACUCCCCCCUCAACCCUGGGGUGUGACUUGCCAGGACCUUGGAGGAGAGCCCUCCCAUUACACCCCCGGGUGGGGUGGGGAGGCGGGACACUUCCUCCCUUGUGCUGAGCUGCCGUGCAGGAAACUUCACUUGUUUUCAGUGUCUCGUUGUCAGGCUGCCGGAGCACCCCAGAGCCGUGCACUGGGUUUUUCCUCCCUGCAUCUCUCAGGAAGCUCCCACAGUCUGAGCGGUAGAAGGUAGGGGUAGAAGGUAGGGUGUCCUUCCAGAGCCCCCCCCAGGCCAAGGUCCCCAAGGACUCAGAGAUGCCUCACGUGAGCCUGCACCCGUCCAUCCCGCGGCCCAGAGCGCACCGGGCCUGGGUAGCAGCCGUGGUACUGCUGGCGGCCAGUCUGAUGGUGCUCUGUUAUAAAAACUGGAAUAACCGGAGUUACUGCAUCCACGCGCUGCAGGAGCUGCUGUGCCACCUGGCUUUCCAGACGCUCUUUCAAGGUUUCUGCUCUCUGGCUGAGGAGCUGUGCCACCUCCACUCCAGAUACCAGGACAGCUAUUGGAAUGCCGUGAAAGCCUGCCUGAGGUACCGCCUCCACUGGUAUUUGGUCCUGGCACUGUUGUACUUCUUUUUGUGGAUCUUUGAGUCCCCGAAGUCCCUCAUGCAGACAAUUGCCUUUCUGGGCCUCUCACAGGCUCUGCACAUCAUCCUAAGAAUCCAGGACUUGUCCCCUGCGGAGAUCUCCAAGGUCAGUGAAGAAAGGAAGUUCAACGUGGCCCACGGGCUGGCCUGGUCCUAUUACAUCGGGUACCUGCGGCUGAUCCUCCCAGGACUUCGGGCCCGGAUCCAAAAGUACAAUCAGCUCCACAACAACCUCCUUCGGGGCCCAGCGAGCCAUCAGCUCUACAUCCUCUUCCCAUUGAAUUGUGGGAUUCCUGACGACCUGAGUGUGGUGGACCCCAAUAUUCGUUUCCUUCAUGAGUUGCCCAGUCAAACUGCUGACCGAGCUGGUAUCAAACACCGCGUCUACACCAAUAGCGUCUAUGAGAUUUUGGAGAAUGGCGUGCGGGUAGCCACAUGUGUCCUUGAGUACGCCACACCGCUGCAGACGCUGUUCUCCAUGUCCCAGGAUAGUCGAGCCGGCUUCAGCAGGGAGGACCGGCUGGAACAGGCCAAACUCUUCUGCCGCACACUUGGGGACAUCCUGGAUGAUGCCCUCGAGUGUCAGGACAACUACAGCCUCAUCAUCUACCAGGAUAAUGCGGAAGAGAGCUUCUCCUUGUCCCAGAAGAUUCUGCAGCACCUGCGGCAGGAGCAGGAGAAGGUCCCUGUGUGCAGUGAGGGGACUUCAGGGGUGACUGGGACCCCCACCUUAUCCCAAGAGCCCCAACUGCUCAUCAGUGACCUGGAAGACACUGACCAACCCCGUCCGCUGCGCUCCGACAUCUGAGGCCCGGGUCCCCUUCCUGAUUUCAGACUGGGGCUUCUUCAGUGACUGCAGGCCUGCAUGGGGCCCUUCUGAAGAGACCACCUCUGGGAGAUGGGUUUGUCACCCCUAUCUCUACUUCCAUCAGGAGGCUGUUAUGAAGAUUGUGACUGUGGGCACUUCCUGUACCUUCUACUGCCACAUA